GAAAGAGUGUGUUUAACAGAGACUGAAGCACACGGAGAAACGGUGUGUUUAACAGGAAGUGGUGAUUUAGUAAACAUGAGUGUUGUGCUGCUCUCGUUGGUGAAGCAGCGACUCACUGCGGCUGCUGAAGACAUCUUUGUUCUGUUUGAAAGAACGAUAGCAGAGUACGAGGAGGAACUGUCUCGUUCAAAACAGGAGAACGAGAGACACCGGAAACUACUGGACGCUGUUUUACAGCCUCAGCUUCAGAUCCUCAAAGCAGACGUCCAGCAGCUGGUGGUGGUUAAAGAAGAGGUUCCCCCUGAGCAGCAGGAGUGGAGCUCCAGUCUGGACCAGGAGGACCCAGAGCCCCCCCCACACAUUAAAGAGGAGCAGGAGGAACUCUGGAGCAGUCAGGAGGGAGAGCAGCUUCAAGGGCUGGAGGAGGCUGAUAUCACCAAGUCCACAUUCACUCCUGUCCCUGUGAAGAGUGAAGAUGAUGAAGAGAAACCUCAGUCCUCUCAGCUUCAUCAAAGACAAACUGAACACCUGGAAACAGAAGCUGAUGGAGAGGACUGUGGAGGACCAGAACCAGCCAGGAACUCAGAUCCAGAGAGACAUUUACAACCAGAGACUGAGGACAACCCUGGAGACUCUUCUGAACCUGACACUGAAGACAGUACUGAUUGGAAGGAGACCAGAGAACCAGGUUCAAACUCUCAAGAAAAUAAACAAGACCCUGUCAGUGAUUCAAGACGUAGUGCAGGAGAGAAACCAUUCAGCUGCUCAGUCUGUAAUAAAGCUUUUGCAAAGAGUGGAAAUUUAAAGGACCACAUGAGAAUCCAUACAGGAGAGAAACCAUUCAGCUGCUCAGUCUGUGAGGUGUCUUUUACACAACGUGGAAGUUUAAAGGACCACAUGAGAAUCCACACAGGAAAGAAACCAUUCAGCUGCUCAGUCUGUGAGAAAUAUUUUGCAGGGAGAGGAAAUUUAAAUCGGCACAUGGCAAUACACACAGACGUCCAGCAGCUGGUGGUGGUUAAAGAAGAGGUUCCCCCUGAGCAGCAGGAGUGGAGCUCCAGUCUGGACCAGGAGGACCCAGAGCCCCCCCCACACAUUAAAGAGGAGCAGGAGGAGCUCUGGAUCAGUCAGGAGGGAGAGCAGCUUCAAGGGCUGGAGGAGGCUGAUAUCACCAAGUCCACAUUCACUCCUGUCCCUGUGAAGAGUGAAGAUGAUGAAGAGAAACCUCAGUCCUCUCAGCUUCAUCAAAGACAAACUGAACACCUCGAAACAGAAGCUGAUGGAGAGGACUGUGGAGGACCAGAACCAGCCAGGAACUCAGAUCCAGAGAGACAUUUACAACCUGAGACUGAGGACUACCCUGGAGACUCUUCUGAAGACACUGAAGACAGUGGAGAUUGGAAGGAACCCAGAGAACCAGCUUCAAAGUCUGCGAAAAAUAAACAAGACCCUGUCAGUGAUUCAAGACGUAGUGCUAGAGAUAAAUGCUUUAGAUGCUCACAGUGCGGGAAAGAAAAUUGCAGCAAGAUACAUCUGAAUAGGCCCAUGAGCACCCACACAGGAGGGAAACUAUUCAGCUGCUCAGUUUGUAACAAUUCUUUUACACAUAAAGGAAGUUUACAGACACACAUGAGAAUCCACACAGGAGGGAAACCAUUCAGCUGCUCAGUCUGUGACAAUUCUUUUACACAGAAAGGAAGUUUACAGAAACACAUGAGAAUCCACACAGGAGGGAAACCAUUCAGCUGCUCAGUCUGUGACAAUUCUUUUACACAGAAAGGAAAUUUACAGACACACAUGAAAAUCCACACAGGAGAGAAACCAUUCAGCUGCUCAGUCUGUGAGAAGUCUUUAACACGUAAAGGAGAUUUAAAGACACACAUGAGAAUCCACACAGGAGAGAAACCAUUCAGCUGCUCAGUUUGUAACAAUUCUUUUACACAGAAAGGAGAUUUAAAGAGACACAUGAAAAUCCACACAGGAGACAAACCAUUCCAUUGUAGUGUUUGUGAUAAAAGAUUUAUCCGGGGUAAUCUGGUCAAAAUCCAUAAGUGUGUUGGUCGUCAGUCCUCACAGCUUCAUCAAACUGAGGAGAACAGAGAGGCAGAGCCUCCAGCCAGCAGCUCAGCUGAACACCUGGAAACAGAAGCUGAUGGAGAGGACUGUGGAGGACCAGAACCAGCCAGGAACUCAGAUCCAGAGAGACAUUUACAACAAGAGACUGAGGACAACCCUGGAGACUCUUCUGAACCUGACACUGAAGACAGUGGAGAUUGGAAGGAACCCAGAGAACCAGCUUCAAAGUCUGCGAAAAAUAAACAAGACCCUGUCAGUGAUUCAAGACGUAGUGCUAGAGAGAAAUGCUUUAGAUGCUCACAGUGCGGGAAAGCAAAUUGCAGCAAGAUACAUCUGAAUAGACCCAUGAGCACCCACACAGGAGGGAAACUAUUCAGCUGCUCAGUUUGUAACAAUUCUUUUACACAGAAAUCAAAUUUAAAUAGACACAUGAAAAUCCACACAGGAGGGAAACCAUUCAGCUGCUCAGUUUGUGACAAUUCUUUUACACAGAAAGGAAAUUUACAGACACACAUGAAAAUCCACACAGGAGAGAAACCAUUCAGCUGCUCAGUCUGUGAGAAGUCUUUAACACAUAAAGGAAAUUUAAAUAGACACAUGAGAAUCCACACAGGAGAGAAACCAUUCAGCUGCUCAGUCUGUGAGAAGUCUUUAACAAAUAAAGGAGAUUUAAAGAGACACAUGAGAAUCCACACAGGAGAGAAACCAUUCAGCUGCUCAGUUUGUGAGAAGUCUUUAACACGUAAAGGAGAUUUAAAGACACACAUGAGAAUCCACACAGGAGAGAAACCAUUCAGCUGCUCAGUUUGUGAGAAGUCUUUAACACGUAAAGGAGAUUUAAAGACACACAUGAAAAUCCACACAGGUGAGAAACCAUUCAGCUGCUCAGUUUGUGACAAUUCUUUUCCACAGAAAGGACAUUUACAGACACACAUGAAAAUCCACACAGGAGGGAAACCAUUCAGAUGCUCAGUCUGUGAGAAGUCUUUAACACGUAAAGGAGAUUUAAAUAGACACAUGAGAAUCCACACAGGAGAGAAACCAUUCCAUUGUAAUGUUUGUGAUAAAAGAUUUAUCCGGGGUAAUCUGGUCAAAAGCCAUAAGUGUGUUGGUCGUCAGUCCUCACAGCUUCAUCAAACUCAAACUGAGGAGAACAGAGAGGCAGAGCCUCCAGCCAGCAGCUCAGCUGAACACAUGGAAACAGAAGCUGAUGGAGAGGACUGUGGAGGACCAGAACCAGCCAGGAACUCAGAUCCAGAGAGACAUUUACAACCAGAGACUGAGGACAACAACAAGGAUAACAUUUUCUGUUCAUUUUCAGACGUCCAGCAGCUGGUGGUGGUUAAAGAAGAGGUUCCCCCUGAGCAGCAGGAGUGGAGCUCCAGUCUGGAAAUAAUGUAUGACACUCCAGGAAUAGAGGGGGAGAGAAACAAAUGA